CAGGGGUCAGAAAGGUAGGAAAAGCCGAGCGGUGGCGUAUACUUAAUUUAAUUUGCCUCUGGCAUUCUUGCAGUACAGUGAUAGUCGGACUUUUCGGGCAGAUUUAGUCACGAAUUUGAAUUUCCCAAGUACGCGCGAUCCGAAAGAUACGUUGAGGCAAGCUCCUCUGAUUGAAAAGCGACUAUAUAUACUGUGUUUUAACGGAAAUAUUUAUUAUAGUUUAAAGACUAUAAAAAACAAGAAGUACAUUAGUGUUGAUUUGUGUUUGUGUGUCAUUCAAUGCGCAACGGAAUAAACAAUUUAAUCUAAACUUUACCAGAUACUAAAGUAACUUUAAGUCUAUUGUAAUUUAAUGCAAACUUAAAUAACUAAAGCUGCAAAUUAAAGCCAUAAUACACACUACUACAAACCCACCAAACAAAGUCUAACAUAAUGUCCAAGAAACUUCCAACUAUAUCCGUAACUGCCGACAAACGAACCAACUUCUCCGAUAUAUCCUCUUCAUCAUCAUCCCAUGACACAGAUAGCAAUGACAUGGACUAUGGGCGCAAUGGCGCCGGGGGCGUAACCGACGUCGAAGAUUUUGACAGUCAGUUGGAGGUUUUGAAGCCAAGCUCCCGGCGAAACUCUUGCAAUGCAUCCCUAAAGCCCAAAGCCCAACCUAGAACAAAUACCGGCGACAACGAUGUGACUGAUGUGGAGGACUACGAUACAGAAUCGGAAGAUGAUGAGAAGAGCACAGCAUACCCAGAACUAAAGCUAUCGCUGAGAGAGUUUCUCCAGCAGGGACUCCAAAACCAAGAAGCCGUCGACAAUGAUGCCAAGGAAAGCUGUGAGAUAAAAGCCGGAGAUUUCGUGCAAGCGCAAAACCUGAAUGGUAUGGCAGACUAUUUAACUGAUUGCGAGGAUUACGACACCGAUUCCGAAGUGGGCUAUGGCUACGAGAAAUCCGUAUGCGUUGAUCUGGAUCACGCCAUGGGAGAUCAGGGGCGAGUAAAUAUAGCCGACGGCGAGAAGAACCAGGAUGACUCCGAUCAGUAUGAAGAUGUGUCUGUGAUUAGUGACAUUAGCGAUUUGGCCUCAGCCAUGUCGGACUGCACCGGCAUUGGAGUACGAGGAAUGUCCGAAGAUGAGGUUUUGGAAGUAUCCGACAGUGGCCACGAAGAGGUUUGCCAGAUUGCCUGCUCGGGCACCGAGUCCGAGUCGGAAGGGGCCGCCGCAUGGAGUCAGAGUGUAAGUGAGAAUAGUUUACCACCUAUUGACGUGGCCUUUAUUAGUGCCAGUGGUCAACCGCGACGAAACUCUAAGUCCAGUAUGCCCCUCCAAGGACAGAAGAAUUUUUUACAAUUGGCUUCAAAAAACGAGGAGGUUUUAACUGACGUGGAGGGCAUCGAUGACUCUGCAGCAGAAGAUAGUUUUGACAAUGAAGAGGAAGACGAGCAGCCGAUACCACGUGCCAUUAUACUUGCAUCUGGCGAUGAUGGGACCUGCCUAACUGAUGUGGAGGACAUGUUCUGUGAGGACACGUCACAGUCCACCAGCGCUGAACCUGAAACUCGUUCAAUCUGUCACGAAGCCCUACCACUACCACAUCGCGAGGUUGUGGAACUAAAGGAAGACAAGUAUGGGGAUACUAUUACUAAUGUAAUGCCCAUGGACAGUAAUUAUGAGUUUGGCAUUUACAACCACCUGAAGGACAUGAUCCAUACCGAUUCCGAGGAUUAUUCGUGUGCCGAUGAGUGGAGUCUUCAACAUUCACUUGCCGAGGAUGCAGCAGUGGGAGGUUCAAGCCUUAUCGAGAACGAAGUAAUUGUGUCCAACGAACUUUUGAAGCAACAACAAAACAAGCGGCUUGAAGUACAAAGCAAUGCCGAGUCGGUGACGGAUGUGGAGGAAAUCUUCGUGGCCGGUACGAAUCGUCGCAAGAAGUUAAAGACCCGCACUCUGAGCAAAGGCAAGAAUAAACUACUUGACGCGAUUAAGGGCAAAGAAGAUGGAGUUACUGAUGUCGAGGAUAUGGAUCUGAGUGAAUGCGGCUUACCUCCAGGUGUAAAGCGCGUGGAGCAACUGAAACAACAGGCAAAGGGCUCGAAUGCCGACAAAGCCUCCGAUUCCGAGGAUGUAUCCACCGAUGAUGUAUCUGAUAUCUCAGAAGCCUCUGACGCUCCACCACCACCGACGGCUGAUAAACUUUGCAACAAGACAAAGCCGCAAUCGCUUCACUUCCGUCUGCUAAAGGAUGACAUAAUAAAUCAGCAGCACACUGAUGUUGAGGAUGUUCAGUUGCCAUCGGAUGCAGAAGACGCACUGGAACCACCGGCCGUACCAGUGGCCAAUAGCAAUAGUAAGGAGCUGAAUGAUAUGUUGAACGAGAGCUAUACGGUGGUGCAUGAGAAGAGUGGUCGUAGUUUCAACAGUGAGGCCGAAAAGCUGCAUACAAAAGGCAUGAUCCGAGAUGCUCAUACCGACGUUGAGUAUGUUGAGUCCGACGAGUCAGCCGCUAGGGGAGGCAACUAGUCUGCUUCCUCCGUGUCCUCAUCCAAUCCGACUCGAUUCGGUCCCAAGCUGUUGCCAAAAAAGUUUCAACAAUAGUUAAUAAGUGUUCAUAGAUACGAAAAACCCAACACACACACUCAAGCAUUUUAAACCCUUCAGGAAAAGAAAGUAGACCUAUCUAGUCUGGAUACCGCAAAGCUCUCACAAGAAAUUGAAACAGGCGGCGAUUUA